UGAAAGUGUGUGACGUGUAAGCACAUAAUUAAAUAUUGAGGUGCAACAAUCUAUAUGCGAAAGUUAAAUACCGAAAUUAAAUGUAUUUUAUAAAAUAUCAUCUAAGUCAAGCAAAAAUUCAGUGCAAACGUAAUAAAAGCAGUGUAGAUUUAAAACUGCGUAAUCAAAAUGAUACGGAGUGUAUACAAAGUAUCGUUUGAAUUUCAUUUGACAGCUGUUGCGAAUGAUUGUAUGUAGAGCAGUGGACGCUAAUUGUCAGCUGAUUGGUGAGGCAGCAAUGUUGUUGCACUCUUGCAUAAAUCCCAAAAAAAUAUUGAACGUAGAAUCAAACGUGUAAAAAUUAACAUAUAAUUAAGAAAAAAUCAAGUGCCUAACAAGGUCAAUGCAGACAAUUGAAAAUUUUGAGCCGAUUAAACACUGUAAAUUUGACAAAUUAAAUAUAAUAUCCUCCGAUAGAAAUUGUGUUUUGAUAGCAACAUUGUUUCGACCUUCACCACCAGCUGUGCGCGGCAACAAACCAAAAUCCAAUUGUUGAAAAUUCAAUGUGGUUUCACCAUCAAUUGUUCAAGUGCACUUCUAAACUAUAAUAUUGUAAUUGUGAUGGAAAACCUGUGUAUGUGAAAUUUAAGUAAUAAAAAAAUUAAAAAAAAUCAAACUUCGGAACUGUAAUGAGAAUAAGAAGAUUUGCUGCGCUAGCUUUGUUAAAUUUAUUGAAUAAUUUGCUACACGCCUGGAAUUUGAUAGCUGUCCUUGAAAGGAAUUUUAUUUCUAUUUUACGGAGCAUACCUUUUUCAACACUCUUUUUCGUUGCAAUGGACGGCGAAGGUGGCGAACAACGUGAUCAUAUAGAACACGUACCAGGAGAACCUAUGGAUGAGGAUGAUGAGGAACCCGUGAUGGGUUUGGGAUAUGAUGUUGAUGACGAAGACGACGAAGAUGUUGAUGAGGAGAAUGACGAUGAAGAUGCGUCGGACAUGUCUAGCGACACAGAUUCCGACUAUUUUGUUGAAAUGGAUAGCGACGACGCAUCUGAUAAUUAUAUACCUGGUUAUGGUGGCGAUUCUUCAACCAAUUCGGAAAGCGAAAGUGAAGUUGGCAGCAGUACAUUUUCUAAUCAAAGAAUUCGCAUGCCUGCUAAGCCCAUAUAUACUUUUAAACCUCAACGUUUAAUGAAGUGUAAUUAUAAAAAGCAUUGUGCACCAAGAGACUAUCCCUUCGCGCGAAGUGGUCAUCGUGUAGUCGCUUCCGAAUCGCAUCUCUAUACAUUAGGAGGUUACAAUCCAAGCAACAGCAAUGCAGCCAUACAUGGCAGUGGCAUGCUUUUUCAAGAGCUAUGGCGUUUUAAUUUGGCAACUAAACGUUGGGUGCUAUUGCACAAUCCUUCAACGAAUCGAAAUAUGCCAGGAGAAUUGGCAUCAAAUGCGCUUAUCAUUAGUAAUAAUUUAUUAAUCUCUUACGGUGGGACUGGAUAUCCCUUCGGUGAAUCUUGCUCAAAUGACUGCUAUAUUUAUCAAACACAAGUUGAUAAACCCAGUGUUAUGCGUAUUGAGGCUACUGGUGAUGCGCCAACACCACAGUAUGGUCCGGGUAUUGUCUUACACGAACAUUAUUUAUAUACAAUCGGUGGAACAACUGGCUAUGAUUACUCUUGUGAUGUGCAUCGUCUAAAUUUGCGCACACGCGUGUGGGAAUGCGUUUAUAUAUGCCGACCAUAUAUUCGCGAAGAUCCCGAGGGUCGUUACCGACAUGAAGUGGUCUACGAUGGUCAAUACAUCUAUGUGCUCGGUGGUGGCACUUCAAAUUUAGUAUACGAUUUGGAACGGAUUCCUGCAUUUAAUUUGAAAACGAAUCGCUGGGAAUAUUUCGACACGCUACCCGAUAGAUCAUCACAACCAAACCAACAAGGUUCGCGACCAAGUUCUGGGUACCCAAAACCAAGAAAGUGCUUUUCCUGCGUCCAGCACACAACAUCUAAUGGCGAUGUCGAAGCUUUCAUAACAGGUGGCUUACAGUCUGAUCAAGUAUAUUUUGCUGAUAUAUGGAAAUUAAAUUUUACAACUAAACAAUGGACAUUAAUACAAACAGCGGCGCUGCCAAAACCAUUGUACUUCCAUGCAGCAGCUCAUAGCCAAAACGGUUGUAUGUACAUAUUCGGCGGUAUUGAAUAUGAUAUUAAGCGAAUACGUCGGUGCAAUGAUCUCUACAAAAUGUGGAUGACCAUACCAAAGUUAAGCGAAAUUUGCUGGGAGGCUGUGCUGCAUUAUAGGCCAAACCUUAAAGCGUAUGGUCACACACAGUUACUUAAAAUGGGUAUACCACUACGCUUCGCUCAUCGUUUGUGGUAUUCUACCAAAACCAAAUGAUUAUUAAAGAAUUGAAUGGAAGUAAUAAAACGCGACGUUUAAUUAACAGUGAUAAUAA